AUGGGACAUUAUCAGUAUCGACGGUAGUAUACUGCGAGAACGGACUAUUAUAAUAUUUAUAUUUUAUAUCCGUGAAGAGUACUAAGCAUUGUGAUAAAACAAAUUUCACAAUUAUUAUAGACUGACUACUUGAGUGUUCAUAUUUUGUGAUGCAGGUAUAUCAUAUUAAAUGAAAAUGAUGUAACGAUGAUGGAGCAGAGAGAAUUUGACGAGGAUGUUAUGCCAAGUGCUAUAGACGAUGACGAUGAUGUGUUCAAAGACUUGCUAAAUGUACCGGCUGAUUGGUCGGCCAACGAUUGUUUGUCCACCGGUAUUUUCAAUUCAUUUGAUCCCAAUGAAGUGGUAUAUCGGGCCCAAAAAAAACCAUGUAAAACGGUUGGUAAAUAUGUAAUGGGCGAUUUAUUAGGCGAAGGUAGUUACGGUAAAGUUAAAGAAGUACUCGAUUCCGAAACACUUGUUCGCUGUGCUGCUAAAAUAUUAAAAAAGAAAAAACUCAAACGAAUACCUAAUGGAGAAAAAAAUGUGCUCAAUGAAAUUCAACUUUUAAAAACAUUGAGACAUUUAAAUGUCAUAGAGUUAGUAGAUGUGAUAGUGAAUGAAGAAAAAGAAAAGAUGUAUAUUCUUUUGGAGUAUUGUGUAGGUGGUCUUCAAGAUAUGCUAGAACACUCUCCAGGAAGUAAAUUUCCAUGCUGGCAAGCCCAUAAUUACUUUAGUCAAUUAAUAAACGGACUCGAGUAUUUACACAGCCGUGGAAUAAUUCAUAAAGAUAUCAAACCAGGGAAUUUAUUGCUCACACUCGAUGAAACACUUAAGAUAUCAGACUUUGGAACAGCUGAGGCACUGUCACCCUUCGAUCCAGAAGGUAUCUGUGCAUCUAGUCAAGGCUCACCAGCAUUUCAACCACCUGAAAUAGCUAACGGGGCUGAUGAGUACUCUGGCUUCAAAAUAGAUAUUUGGAGCAGUGGGGUUACAUUGUAUAACUUAGUUACUGGAGAGUAUCCAUUUGAAGGUGAUAAUGUGUAUAGAUUAUUUGAAGCAAUUGGGAAAUGCAAUAUACAAAUUCCAGGCUUUGUGACAGAACCUUUGAGAUCUUUGCUAGUUGGAAUGCUUAAAAAGGACCCAAAGAAGCGAUUUACCUUAAGAACGAUACAAACGCAUCCAUGGUUUGUUUGUAGACAUCCAAGAACAUCUGAAAAAGUACCUUUUCCUCCUUUGCGUGGUGAUUUCAUGCAUAACAUGACUGUAUUGCCAUACUUAUUUAACUAUCAUUCAUGUGAAACGCCUUCAGACAACGAAGAAGAAUAUAUAACAGAACAAUUAAUUAAAGAUCGACCGAAUGGGAGUACAUCAGUUCCCAUCGAUGAUGUCAAUGAUCCAUCUAAACAACCUUGGCACAAGCCAAUCGUGUGUAAUGUUAAAAAAAUGGCCUCAUGUCGGUUGUCGUGACAUUUGUCGCUCAUUAUAGUACUGCAUCUCUCAUAUUGUUUUAUAUUAUAACCAUUAUUGGUUGCGAAGAUUUAAUUAUUUUUUGAGGUACACGUGAAGUGGAUGUUUACUCUUUUGCAAAAUCAAGUCAAGUAUUUGUGUAAAAUAUGUAAUUUCACAACAACUAUGAAAUUAUCCAAGUUAAACUACUUAUUAUUAAAAACUAUUGAACUAAAUAUUUUUUGAAAUGUUUAAAGUUUAAUAAUAAUGGAAAUUUAAUUAGUGUAUGUCUUGUAAAAUUAAAACUACUGUGUGAAAGACUGCUAGACUUGAUGUACUAAGGAGAAAAACUAAUGCUCACAUACCUUUAAUGUUUUGUUUAUUCAUUAUUUACUUUUAUAUAUAUAUAUAUAUGCAAAAAAAAUCUUUUCAUAUAAAAUACAUUUUGUUUGCUUUUUUUAAGUUUAUUUAUAUACAAAUAUUAUAUUAUUCUUUAUACAUUAAAAAAAAAAAACAAUAAAUCAGAAUAUAAUGAAA